AUGAAGCUGAACGAGCGGAGCUUGGCCUUUUAUGCUACCUGUGACUCCCCGGCUGACAAUCUGGAGAAGCAGCUGGAGGAGAGGCGCUAUGGGACGGCCGGUGGGUGCGCUGGGGGAUGCCAGGGGUCUCCCGGCUCCUGGAAGCUGAAGCCCUCGGAGCUGGAGAGCUCCCUGGAGCGGCUGCCAGCUCUGCCCGCUGUCUUGCCAAAGGAGAAUGGCUGUGCGGUGUGGAACAACGCAUCAGGAGCGGACCAGCCAUCUGAAGCUUCGGGUUGUGGUGGGGAUGCUGGUGAUGGGAACCCGCAGCCACCACCGGUGCCACCACGCAGGCGGGCAUCAAGCACUGAGGUGGGCAGCGCUGUGGUGGAGAGCCCGUCCUCCUUCUGCCGCCUUCACGAGUGGUACGGCCGGGAGGUGGCCCAGCUGCGGCGGGAC